AUGCCUCCUCGCGCCAAGUCCCGCGCGGCCACCGCACAGCCCGCUGAACAGGAAGCCACGCCGACUGUCAAUGGCACCAAGAGCACGCGUGCGCAAAGGAGCGUACCGCGAGCAGCCAACGGCGUAGCCGAGGAGCUGAAGAGCAUACCUCGUAAGCUUGACGCGUUGCCACCUUUACCUUUGUCCGCUAAUCGCCCGCAAGCUGCCAAAGCCCGUGCGAAGAAGGAAGCUACGCCUGCAGUCGUGCCCAAGGCCGCUCCAAAGCGCAAGAAGGAAGCCGAAAUUGCAUCCGAAGCAGAGGCCGACGAGCCUGCGCCCAAACGCAAGAAGGACCAUGGCAGCGAAGCCGCAGCAGAUCUGCACGGCGACGUCGACAGGGAGCCCAAAGUGAAGAAGGCGAAGACCACAAAGGCUCCGACGCCAAAGCGCGACCUGCCAAAGGGACCGCGACGCCCCAAAGGCAAGAAAAUCGAGGUCAACCCGCUCCGUUACACCGAGCCGCUCAAGGUCUUCGUCUUUGGAGAAGGAGGUCAAGGCGAGUUGGGCCUGGGCGCGACUAAGAAGGCUAUAGACGUUAAACGCCCGCGAUGGAACGAGACAUUGAGCAAUCAGGAUAUUGUCAGGAUUGCCACCGGUGGAAUGCAUGUGGUGGCCCUGACCAAGGACAACAAGAUACUGACAUGGGGAGUGAACGAUAACGGUGCAUUGGGACGCGAGACUUCUGAUGGAGAGCAGCUGAAGGACAUGAAAGAAGGCGACGACGAAGAGUCCGAUUCUGACGACGAUGAGACCGGCGGUCUGAAUCCGCUUGAGGCUACCCCGACGGCUGUUAGCGCAGAUCAUUUCCCUGAGGAUACUGUCUUCGUCGACAUUGCCGCCGGUGAUAGCUGCUCGUUCGCGUUGACCACCGAGGGCGCCGUGUAUGGCUGGGGCACCUUCCGCAAGAACGAGGGCAUUCUUGGGUUCGCAAGGAACAACGAGACUGCGAAUACGCCGGUAUAUCUUGACACUAUCACCAAAGUCACCCACCUCGCCUGUGGUACGAACCACGUGCUAGCUCUUACCAAAGACCGACAUGUCUUUGCAUGGGGUAACGGGCAACAAAAUCAGCUUGGGCGUCGUGUGACCGAGCGCAACCUCAACGAAGCCUUGACACCAAGUCGCCUCGGUUUCCAUGAUACUGGUUUCAAAAGACCCAGCCAGCGGAUUGCGAAGAUCGCUUGCGGUGACUAUCACGGCCUUGCAAUUGCUGAGGACGGACACAUUUGGUCAUGGGGUGCGAACAACUACUGCGAGACUGGCCACGGGGACAACGCUGGAGAAGACAAUGCCAGUAUCCUCACACCUCGCAUCGUUUCUAGCUUGGAGGGCAAAGGUGUGACGAUUGUUGAGGGCGGGUCUCACCACAACAUCGCAAUCACCCAAAGCGGAGAGGUGCUUGUCUGGGGCCGCUGCGAUGGGUCACAAACCGGCAUCUCCACGGCCCAACUGGAGGCUAUCGACGAUGAAGAAAGGGUUCUUAAAUCGGAGAACGGCAAGCCCAAGAUCCUUCUCGAGCCUACUCCCGUUCCUGGCCUGAGCAACAUUGUGACGGGUACAUGUGGGCCUGAGCACACUAUUGUCAUCAAUAAAGACGGCAGGGCGUACUCGUGGGGUUUCUCCGCAAACUACCAGACUGGACAAGGCACUGAUGACGACAUCGAGACUCCAACUCUCAUCGAUAAUACCGCUGUGAGGGAUGUCAAGCUUGUCUGGGCUGGAGCUGGUGGCCAGUACUCUGCUCUGGCCAGCAAGCGAGAUUAA